AUGCCUCCUCGAGAAGCGCCGACGAGCCGCCCACGAGGCGAGAGGCCAGAGUUCGCUUCCGGAGGAUCUUCCUCUGCGACGGGAGUCGCUCCGCGGCGUUCCUUUGUUCCAGGAAUGAUUUUAACCAAGCAGCUGCUCAUCCCUGUCAAGUCGACUUCUCCCUCGUACGCUGCAGGCAGUGCUGCGCGAGACAAAAACACAGCGACGCCCGCUCGACCUCCCUCCACCUCGCGCUCGAGUCUCUCUGCAUCUUCUUCCUCUUCCUCUUCUGCGUCGUCUUCUACCUCUUCGUCGUCUUCUGCUCUCUCUUCUUCUUCGUCUUCUGCUUUUUCUUCUUCGUCUCCCUCUCAGCACCGGGGCCAGCAGCCUUCGUCCGUUCUCUCAUCCGUUUCUGCGGGUGCGGCGUCUUCUGCGCGACCGGGAGAAGAUGGCCGCGCGUCUCGCGGGGUGUGCAGCCGAGGAGACUCUCGCGGCGGAGACAAGCUAGGAGUCUCGAACCAGGCGCCUUCACGGAACUCGCCAGCUGGCCUCGGAGCAGACGCGGCGUCUGGCGGCCGGCGGGGGGAGAGAGAGCCUAGGGCGCCACAGAUCUUUCGCGGAGGCAGAGAAGCGAGAGAGCAGAAGCCGUCGAACUUAAGCCGCGGUCGAGACAUACCGGCGACGUCGGCGGAGCGCGGAGGAGACGGCGCGUCGGACCGAGGAGGCUGCCCGAAGCAAGAGGAAGCCAGAGGGAGCGAGACACGAGACAGAGGAGACACUGGAGAGAACGACGCGAAGGGAGGGAAGCCGAGUGAAGACACAACCUCCGAGAAUGUGCAAGCGACGACCCAAGCCUACAAGGCCAAGACGAAGACCAAGGUCGUCGUACGGCUGCUCCCGCCCUCCGCGCGCGAGGAAGAUCUCCUCGAACUCGUCGCGGCACCCCUCCAGGGGAAAAUGUCGUGGACGCGCUUCGUCCCUGGCCGCCAACAGAAAUCGGAUGUCCCCAGUCGGAACAGCACCUGGUACGUCAACUUUUCAACUGAAGAGGACGCGGACGACUUCAUCAAGAGUUUCCACGGAAAGGUGUUUGUCGAUGAACGCCACAAUACUUUCAAGGCCGUGGCGCGCCUCGCGCCCUACCAGAAGGUUCCGCGAAAAACAGGGCCUGACCGUCGUGAAGGGAGCCUUGCAAAGGAUCCACUCUACGUCAACUUCUUGCAAGCUCUCAAAGACGGCACAGCGUUUGAAUCGCACGCGGCUCCACCGGGCUCGGAGGAACUCGAGACUGUCGUCGAUGACGAUGGGGUGACACUCUCUUCCCUCGUUCUCGCGCUGAGAGAAAAGUACGGUGUCAAAACCUUCGUGAAAGGGUGUCCGUACACUCUGGCCAUGUGGCGUCGUACCUUCGCUGUGAGCGGUUCGGAGGAGGAAGACCUCGAGGCUUCUGGUGACCGCAACGAGGUCGAGAGGAGAGACGAAAAGAGCGCCGUCCGCCGCCGCGGAAAAGGAUCAGCGAAAACGGCUCGAGAAACCCAGCGCACGCCCGCUGCUGCGUCGAGUGUACAGACUGCCUCAGGGCCUCCAGGAGCCUCUGGAGCGAGGAGCCUCCGGCCUGGACCCUCGCCGUCUUCAACGCAGUCGAACUCUUCUGAUACCUCUCGCUCCACUGCCCACCAAGGAACAACGGGCAGUGAAGCUCGAGGAGUCUGGCGCGCUCUGCUGGGAAUUCAGAAGAGACCCACCACAGCCGGUGGCUCCGCGAAACCUGCGAACGAGCCACAAGCAAAGGCGUCUAUCUCGUGA